AUGGAUUCCAAUAAAUAUUCUCCUUUUCCAGACAACAUUUUUAGUGAAGAAGCAAAAUCUCUUCAAAUUCCACCUCAAAAGCAAUGCUUCCCUGAAGGGUGUUUUCGACUCCACACUUUUCAAAUUGUCAACUUUCAAAAGCCUGAAACUUUUACAGUGAAGCCGUUAGGACCAAACUUGUUGCUUUUAAACAUCGCCAAUUUUGACUUGAAUAUAGAGAGUUUAUUGAGUGGAAACAUUCAAUUUUUAUUAUUUACUCCAAUGCCUGUUUCUGGCAAUUUUUAUGUGGAUGCCCAAGAACUUUCAAUUAAAGCUUUGUUGGGGUUACAGAAGGAUGUGAAAAAGGUACCUUCUCUACGCAUGGUCAAUUGUGAAUUAAUUGACGGAAUUAUAAAUACAAAGGUUACCGAUCUUGGUUUAUUUACUGAUUCAAUAAAUUUAAAAUAUAAGGAUGAAAUUUUAUCCAAAGCCAAAGCUUUAAUUACCAGUACAAUAUGUAACACAAUUUUUAAAACUAUUAGAGAACGCGUCAAUUUAGUUCUUUCAAAAUUGCCGCAAUUUUUGAGUGUGUCAGAUAUUAUGGUUACUCUUUUUGAAAAUUUUAGAGGAACUGAGGAAUGUGUUAAAAAUGGGUGUAACAUGACAGCAACACCAACAACGACUACCUUUUCUGACUAUAAUUUAAAUAAAAUAUUGGAUUUUUUGGAUUUGAAUGCUCUUAAACAUGUACUUAUUAAUCUGGAAUUUUUGGAUUCUUCUGCUGGCGUUGAUUAUUUUUCUGUUGGUCUGAUGGGUGAUGUUUUUAUAGCUAAAAAUAGUUCUGAUGAGCAAAACAUUAAUAAAUUAAACAACAACAAUUCUCUACAAACAUCAACUAAUAAUGACAAUGAUCUUUUAUUUGUUUCUGAAAAUGUUGACAAUUCUGUUUUAGAAAUUGAUAAUUUAUUUGAUGAUAAUUUACAAAAUAUUACUUCAAUUUCUAAUGAUUUUGAAUGGAGAAGAGAGGGAAGUAUAGAAAUUGUUUUUACUCAGCAAACAGCAAACAAUCUUCUUUUAAAGGCUUUUAGAGCCAAUCUAUUGAGCAUUUAUGUUGGUCAACACUCUCCUUUAUUUGGUCCCCUUUUGCGCACUAGCUGUGAUCUAGACAAUGUUUGUUUGGGGGAUACAAUACCUGAAGCUAGUGAAAUAUAUCCAAAUGAGCAAUUGGAAUUGAAGAUUGUACCGACGGAAGCACCAAUUUUAAAUGUCACGGAAGAUUUGGCAACCCUUUCAUUAUCAGGCGUUGGAAUAUUCUUUUUGGCUCGUGAUCCUUUAGGACAGCAAAUUGCUCAAAUUCCAUUUUUUACAAUUAUUGAAUUAAAUAUUGGAAUGGAAAAUGUUUCCUUGUCAAUCCCGAAAUUGGAAAUUCUUGAAAAUGCCGAUUUUUUCAAAGUUCCAGUAGCAACAUUACAAGAAGGCUUUCGUGAUUCUAUUCUUAAUGCUAUAAUUAAUUUUGCAACAAAAUUUCUCAAUAUGUCUUCUAGUUCAGCUUUCCUCAACCUUAUGGAACGUAAACUUUGCAAAUGGGGUAUUUUUAACCCAAGAAUCAAAUUAUUAUCUAAUGGAAUGAUCAAUUUAAUGGUCAAAGAUUUGGAUGUUUACAAAUUAUUUAGAAUAGAUUCAGAUGAUUUUUUGAAGAAUUUUUCAAUCAAAGAUUCAUUUAUCAAUUCAAAAUGUAUUUGUUGUUAA